AUGCCGGCAAUGAAUUCGACCGACCGGCACAACGACGGUCCGUCGAGCGUAAAUGGUACAGUUGCGUCGUCCGACGUCGGUCGGCCAGUCGGUCUCGUCGGCCGAAUCGGCGAGCCCAGUCCGUUGGUCCGCGGCGCCAGGCCGAACUCGUCGUUGGCCUGCAUGCACCGGCGUCGUGGCCAGUCGACCGAGUCGCCCUCCGAGUCAGCGUCCGAGUCAGCGUCCCCAUCGACGUCAGUCGAGCGUGACCAUCGUCACUCGUCCGCACGUGUCGAGCUUCGGCAACGUCGCGAAAAGCGUCGCGUCAUCGUCUCGGCCACCGGCAGUUUGUUGCGCAGUCUCGGUGUUGAUGGGCAAGCGGAAAAGUUGCAUCUUCGUCGAAAUUGCCAUCACGACGGUUGUCGUUUCUGUGGCAGCCAUCUUGGCGUCUCCUCGCCCCGACAGUCGGGCCUCGACAGCGCCAGUAGCUCGAGCAGCCGGGACAGUCGGAACAGCGCGAAAGUGCCGGACCACCCGAACGGCCGGAACGGCAAAUCGAGUCCCGGCGAGUCGGCGGAGUCGCGGGGCUCGGGCCGACCCGAGGUCUGGAGGCAGGGCGUCGAGGCCGGUCGUCAGAGUCCCUACGACUCGGUGCCGGCAACCGUCAGCUUGGACGACUGGGAGGCACCGGCCGACUGGGAGGCGGCCACCGAGCCGCCCUCGGUCGUCUCGGUGCUGGGCGUCGCUGGCGAGCCCCACGAGGCGGGACCUCGGGCACUCGAGACACACGCUUUUCGGCCGACGGGUGCUGAGUUCGAGUCCCGCGCCCGAGUGGGGCUUGCCUUCAACCGACAUGUUGUGGGCUUGCGAGAGUUCGUCUACUCGACCACGGCUGCGCGCAGUUCCGCCUCUCUCUCUGGCCUCCCGGUCAGACGACCCGGUUUGCCACAACUCGGCCAGUCGGUUGUCAUGCCGACCGGCGGCGCACUCGAACAUGUGGCCGAUAGGUAUUGCAGUCGAGCGGGACCGGCCGAUCGUGUCGUCUAUUUGUCGAGUGGACCACCUUUUUUCUACAACAGACAGACUCGAGGUGGUCUGCCGAGCCGAGUUUCAUUCAUUUCAUACUCCAAUCACUGGGGCAACAAAGGUAAACGCCCAGCAUUUUGGUGCCUUUAG